CAGAGGAGGCCAGGACCAAGGAAACAAGGACCAAGGAGACAGACAGAAUGAGAGGAUGAAUGUGGAGGACGGUUGAACUUGUUCAUGAUGGAUGCCAGGGGGAUCAGGGGGACGAACGGAUCGCAGAAACGCUCAUCCCUCAGACGAGACACCACCUCUGGGUCACUGAAGAUUCAACGAGCAUGGAUCGAGAGGACGUUCCAGAAGAGGGAAUGUAUCCAGAUCAUUCCCAGCAAAGACCUCAGCAGGUGCAGCUGUGGUCAGCUUGUGGCCCAGCACACCGCCGUCCCCCCAGGCACCGCAGACCAAGGGCCCCCCCUGGUGCAGCUGGAGGGCCAGCCAACGGAGAGGUGGAGCGCUCUGAAACACAGCCAGACGUUCCCCACCGAUGCUUACGGGAUCCUGGAGUUCCAGGGAGGGGGACACGUCAACAAGGCCAUGUACAUAAGGAUCUCCUUUGACUCCAAGCCUGACUCUCUGCUCCACCUGAUGGUGAAGGACUGGCAGCUCGAGCUCCCUACGCUGCUCAUCUCCGUCCAUGGGGGCCUGCAGAAUUUUGACCUGCCACCCAAACUCAAGCAGGUCUUCGGUAAGGGACUGAUCAAAGCUGCUGUCACCACCGGAGCCUGGAUCUUCACAGGAGGAGUCAGCACAGGAGUGAUCCGUCAUGUUGGAGAUGCCCUGAAAGACCAUUCAUCCAAGUCCAGAGGGAAGGUCUGUGCCAUCGGCAUCGCACCGUGGGGCAUCGUCGAGAACAAGGAAGACCUGAUCGGGAAAGACGUGACUCGGCCAUAUCAGACCAUGUCCAACCCGCUCAGCAAGCUGUCGGUCCUAAACAGCAGCCACUCCCACUUCAUCCUGUCCGACAACGGGACUACAGGCAAGUAUGGCGCCGAGGUCCGGCUCCGCAGACAGCUGGAGAAGCACAUCUCCCUGCAGAAGAUCAACACACGUCUGGGUCAGGGGGUCCCAGUGGUGUGUCUGAUCCUGGAAGGGGGUCCCAACGUCAUCUCUAUUGUGCUGGAGAGUCUGAAGGAGGACCCUCCGGUGCCGGUCGUGGUCUGUGACGGUAGCGGUCGAGCGUCGGACAUCAUUUCCUUUGCCCACCGAUACUGCGAGGAGGACGGGCUGGUGAGUGAAAGUGUGAAAGACCAGCUGCUGGUCACCAUCCAGAAGACUUUCAAUUACAGUCGUAGCCAGUCACAGCAGAUCUUCCUCAUGGUGAUGGAGAUCAUGAAGAAGAAGGCACUGAUCACAGUGUUCAGGAUGGGAUCAGAGGGACAGCAGGACAUUGAGAUGUCCAUCCUCACAGCUCUACUCAAAGGUACAAAUGCGUCUGCGUCUGAUCAGCUGAGUCUGGCUCUGGCCUGGAACCGAGUGGACAUCGCUCGCAGCCAGAUCUUCGUGUAUGGAAUCCGCUGGCCUGUUGUUAGCACCCUGGUUUCUGAUCGGCCCCGAAGCCCAGUGGCCCGGAAACAGUCAGGAGCAGCAGGUAAAGGGAAGGCCCGAGGGAAGAAGGGGAAAGGAGGCAAAGCCAAACCUGAGCCACCUGAAGAAACAGAUCCCCGAAAACUGGAACUACUGAGUUGGGUAAACUCCCUGGAGCAGGCCAUGAUGGAUGCUCUGGUGUUGGACAGGGUAGACUUUGUGAAGCUGCUGAUCGAGAAUGGCGUCAACAUCCACCACUUCCUGACCAUCCCCCGCCUGGAGGAGCUGUACAACACGAAGCUUGGACCAGCCAACACACUGCACUUCUUGGUCCGAGACGUCAAGAAGGGGAAUCUUCCCCCAGAUUACCAGAUCACUAUGAUUGAUAUCGGCCUGGUUCUGGAGUUCCUGAUGGGGGGAGCGUACCGCUGCCACUACACCAGGAAGACCUUCAGGGCGCUCUACAACAACCUGUACGGACUCAAAAGACCCAAAGCUCUGAAGCUCCUUGGCAUGGAGGACGAUGAGCCCCGACCAAAGGGAAAGGGGAAGAAGAACAAAAAAAAGGAGGAGGAGGUUGACAUUGAUGUGGACGACCCGGAGGUCUGCAGGUUCCAGUACCCUUUUCAUGAGCUGAUGUUGUGGGCGGUGCUCAUGAAGCGCCAGAAGAUGUCUCUGUUUCUGUGGCAGCGGGGGGAAGAGGCCAUGGCCAAGGCUCUGGUGGCCUGUAAACUUUUGAAGGCCAUGGCCCACGAGUCGUCCCAGAGCGAGCUGGUGGAUGAAAUCUUCCAGGACCUGGAGAACAACUCAAAAGAGUUUGGUAUUCUGGCGUAUGACCUGCUGGAUCAGUCAUACAAACACGAUGAGCAGGUGGCCAUGAAACUGCUGACGUAUGAGCUGAAGAACUGGAGUAACUCCACCUGCCUGAAGUUGGCUGUCGCCGCCAAACACAGAGACUUCAUCGCCCACACGUGCAGCCAGAUGCUGCUAACCGACAUGUGGAUGGGCUGUCUGAAGAUGGGCAAGAGCAACAACCUCAAGGUUAUUUUAGGGAUCAUUUUCCCCCCUGCCAUCCUGCUCCUGGAAUUCCGAUUCAGAGAUGAAGCUUCGCAUCAUUCUUCCAAAGCAAAUGAUGAUGGAAAAAGUAAAGAUGGCGACAAAUCAAACAAGGAUGGUGCUUCCAAGAAAGAAGAGAAAGAAGAUGAAGAGGAGACCGAAGAGAAGCACAUGAAGAUUCCCAUUGGGAGGAAGAUCUUUGAGUUCUACAACGCCCCCUUCACUAAGUUCUGGUUCAACACGAUCGCAUACUUCAUGUACCUCUUCCUCUACAACUACAUCAUCCUGGUGAAGAUGGAGCGCUGGCCCUCUCUGCAGGAGUGGACUGUCAUCUCUUACAUCAUCACUCUGGGACUGGAGAAAGUCAGACAGAUCCUCAUGUCAGAGCCGGGGAAGUUGAAGCAGAAGAUCAGGGUGUGGUUGGAGGACUACUGGAACUGCGUUGACCUGGUUGGUAUCUCGCUCUUCCUGAUGGGCCUCCUGCUGCGGCUGCAGAAUGAGCCCUACAUGGGAUACGGUCGCGUCAUCUACUGUGUCGACAUCAUCUUCUGGUACAUCCGAGUUCUUGACAUCUUCGGGGUCAACAAGUACCUGGGCCCCUACGUCAUGAUGAUCGGGAAGAUGAUGAUAGACAUGUUGUACUUCGUGGUCAUCAUGCUGGUGGUGCUGAUGAGCUUCGGCGUCGCUCGGCAGGCCAUCCUCCACCCAGACGAGGAGCCCACGUGGCGUCUGGCUCGCAACAUCUUCUACAUGCCGUACUGGAUGAUCUACGGAGAGGUGUUUGCCGACUCCAUAGACCGUAAGACUAGCGUCCAUAUUUACGCCAUGGAGAUCAACCCUCCAUGUGGAGAAAACUUGUACGAUGAAGAUGGGAAGAAGCUUCCUCCUUGUAUUCCUGGAGCCUGGCUCACCCCUGCCAUCAUGGCCUGUUACCUGCUGGUGGCGAACAUCCUGCUGGUCAACCUCCUCAUUGCUGUCUUCAAUAACACCUUCCUCGAGGUGAAGUGCAUCUCCAACGAGGUGUGGAAGUUCCAGAGGUAUCAGCUGAUCAUGACCUUCCACGACCGGCCCUUCUUACCACCCCCUCUCAUCGUCUUCCCCCACAUCUACAUGGUGCUGCGGAGGCUCUGCUGCCGCUGCAGACCGGAAGGAGAUGACCGCGAGAGGCGACUUCAGCUGGUGCUGAACGCUGAAGAGCUCAAGACUCUGCACGAGUUCGAGGAGCAGUGUGUAGAGGAAUACUUCAGAGAGAAGGAGGAUGAAAUGCAGUCGUCCAACAACGAGCGAAUCAGAGUAACGGCUGAAAGGGUGGAAAACAUGUCAAUGCGCCUGGAGGAGGUCAAUGAGAGGGAGCACUCCAUGAAGGCGUGCCUGCAGACGAUGGAUCUCCGCCUGGCUCAGCUGGAGGAGUUCUCCGGCCGGAUGGUGAACGCUGUCGAGACGCUUGCGGGUGUAGACCGGGCCGAGCUGGUCCGUACUCGCUCCAAAACGUCGGUGUGUGAGCCGUCUUCAUUGCUUCGACGUGGUAGCAUCAGCAGCAUGGAUGGGUACAGCCUGCUGCGGUAUCAGCUGGAGCAUGACGACAGGACCUCCAUGUCCGGAGACGUGGAGGACAAGAAGGUCCACCUGAGUCCAGAGAGACAGGUGGCCAACACUGAGAGAGGGAAAGUGAGGGACCAGACUCCAUCGCUAUCCAACGUUGACAUCCUCAUCAUCCCUUGUGACCCCGUCCCCACCUACCCUGCCCUGCCUCAGGCCAACCCGGUAGAUGCUGAUUUGGAUGAACUGGCCCAGAAGACCCGCCUGGAAGGGGCAGCGUCCUUCCCCCUGGAGAAGUCCAGGGUCAUGGAGUAUUUACCAUCUCCAAACAUCAGAAGGAGAAAGUCCAUUAGUGGCAUCCGUAGUCCAGCUCCAGAGGAGCUGGACAGGUCCAUCAUACUGACUCCGCCCCUGUUGGUGGUGCAGACGAAUGGAGGCGGAGCAGCGGAGUCUAGACUGACUGAUGCAGGACCAGAGAAGGAGACUGUGGAUGGCUGCCAUGGUAACAGGGAGGACGAGGAGGAGGAGGAGGAGGACAGGAAGUAUCCACCAUUGAGAUCCAAGAGUCUGAACACCCCCAACCCGAGAAAGACGAGGACAAAGAGUACAGAUGAGAAGGAGAAGGCCAGCAGCAUCAAAGACCUGGUAUCAGCGUUCCAAGAAGGGGCCGGGGACCAGAACCAGGUCCAAAGACUGUGAAUGCUGUUGACAACCUUAAAUGUUUUAAGAGAUUGGAAAAACUGGCUGGUUCAAAUGCAGCUUCAUUAAACCUCCGUCAUGCUUCCAUGUUUCUUUUACACAGACGAGGUUUUCUCCUGGAAACUCUUCCAAACAACAGCUGCUUUUUUAAGAUCAUUGCUGUUGUCUUUUCCUCUUGGCAUUGUGUUGCAUUUGCCUAGUACCAUGACCCACAAAGACUUUUAUAAGAUUGGAUGGUUUUUACAAGAAACCUAGGAUUCAUUUAGGAGAUACUGCUGUUCUUUUAUUGUUUUUUUGUCUUUUGUUUUUUUUUUAAAUAUAUUUUUAUCCCAAUUUUUCCCCAUUUUAUCACCCAGUGCUCCUACCUAAGUCGAUCCUGGGCAUUGCUCCCUCUACCAACCCCAGGAGGGCCCUGCACUCAGCUCAAGUCGUCUCCUUACUUGAGGAGUGAGCAGGCCGCUUCUUUUAUUGUUAACUGGCCAUAUUGGAGCUUUUAUUGUGAAAAUGUUGCAUUUUUACAUCAUGGACUGUCUUGGGGAGUGUCACUAAGCAUUAAUGUCUUUUUAAGGAUUAAUAUUUAAUAGUUAUUGAUCAACUUUCUCUGAAAGAACUGAAAGAACUGAAAAGCUCAAAUGUAAAGGCCAAAGGAGUUCUCAGGGAAAAUGUGGGAAUGUGAUUGUCACCGGGACCGGUGGAGCGCCGGGACCGGGGGACCGCCGCCGGGACGCCACCGCCCGUGGUUGCCCGGGCCCGCUGCUGUCUAAGACCGUGAGUUGUGGGCCGGAGAAACCAGCAGCUGCCAGAAAUAGCAGCUGAUGAUAUGGAGCCAGUCCCGCUGGUGUCCUCUGGUUGGUGGCAGUGGUCUCUGAAUGCAGCUAACAGCCUGAGACAUGUCUUUGAAAUAAGGAUUAAAUAACCUUAUUAACCAGGCUGUAAAUAUUUGGUUGGUUGGACACGUUAACGUGGAGGUGGGCGAAGAUGAACCUGCGCUGGAUUCACGCAGCAACACGGUUGAAGAGCAAAACCUUUGACACACAACCUAUAUUCAUUUCAGCAACGGAUGAUGUCAUUGCGUUCAAGGUCUGUGUAGACUGAUCCAGACAACGCACGCCAUAUUGCUGAGUGGAUCAAGCACCAGUGUUUGAUCCAGACCCACAGUUCCUCUGCCGACCACCAGGGACUGGAUCCAGACCUGCAGGUUAAAAUGUUCAACUUUGUAGCAGAAAUAAUUGUACUGAUGGUCUGGAACAGAAACAGGUGUGGUCUCCAUGGUAACUUUAAUCAUCCCUGACAACUGUAUGGGGGCCAUACAUGUAUUUAUGACCAAGUCGAAGUAGAUCAGGGAACAGACGCUUCAGGAAUACUCUGUGGGGGACCUCCUACAGAUGGUUUGUCCAGUACUUAGACAGUUUAUGGGCUAAUCCACCUGUCUCAGCCCCCCAGUCUCGCGCUCAGAAGGUGUGCCGAUUUUUUCCAGUGGCCAGCCGCGGUACUGCAACAAAAAAUCCCAUGGGGCCCAGAAAGCUUUUUUCCCAUAGACCGCAAUAGUAAAAGAGAAGCCUCUAAAACUGUUCACAGGACACCUCCAGCUGUAAUCACCGGCAAUUACUAAUCUUUGUAUUCUAUAUUUUUAAGUCAUGGACUUUAUAUCCGCCAAAAAUGUUUUAUAACGGCCAGAAAAGUCAAAGAAAAGUCUCUUUCUGGGCGUGACGUCACGGCCGUGUCGGUGCCAUUGAUGUUGCCCCGGGGUAUGAUGGGAGGCCCCAGAGCAUCAUGGGAGGUGACUCAACUGCGCAUGCUCUAUGGGCCCGUGUACACGGAAGUAAACCAGGAAGUCAGAAAUUUUUUCGGCACAUGCGCUGGCUGAGCAGAAUGCAUUGAAAUGAAUGGGCGGCCAUUUUGGGCAAUGUAUCCAGUUAAUAUUAUAGAUCCAUGACCUGUCUUCAUAGCGUCUGUGGUUGAUUUGUCUUAAAUUGGAAUAAAUCUGUUGGAGCAGCACCGAGUGGCCAUCAGUGGUAUUACAUGUCCCACCUUAACCCAUAUGAACUUCUCAAACGAUGUUUGAGGUGGUUUUAUUAUAAAACCCGGACUCGGCGUGGACAUGUGGUCCAGUAUAACUCUAGAAGACGUCUCCACCUGAAGGUUGAGUGGCUUAAAGGGAAUCACGUCCACCUCUGUCUUCCGAUCCAAGCCUGUCCACGGUCCCUGAUCUCCGCACCUGUCACCACUGUCUCUGUGUUUGUUUCUUACCUCAAUUUUUAUCACGUGAUCAGAAAACAUCUAGUCACAUAUUUUGAAAUGUAAAUGUACCUAUAUGCAGUCAGAUGUAAGCAGAAAUAAAAACCUGUCAGACUCAGUAAACGCUGUAUUUCUGGUCCUAUGAUGACGUGUGACUGAGUGCAUGUUAUUUCUUUA